GCUUCUUUGUUUACUUUUUAUUCUGAUUAGUGAUGGCCGAAACAAUAUGGCGAUUAGGAGAAGUGAAUUUUGUUUACUGUUUAUUUCUAUGUGUAAUGUAUGUAUGGGUGGUUUGACAAAACCCACUGGGGAGUUACUUGAUAAAUUCUUCCUUCACGAGAGCGACAGGCCACCUGAUUUAGAGGAGCCUCCAGAACCUGGAGGCGAAGAAGAAACUCUGCACGCGACUUUACUCGAUGCUCAGCAUAGAUCCAAUGUUUUCGCCUUCCCCAAGUUCAAAUGUAUCUCUUGUGAACCACCAGACUGCAGGGACGCCAUUCUCUGUACUGGAGCUUACCAGUGCUGGAAGGCCCACGUGCGGGAUGCAGACGGGACGGAGCGCCUGUCCAGGGGGUGCACUAAGAUGGAGGACCAGAUGCCGUUCUACUGCCCGCCAGCAUCGCGGUCUCCGCACACCAAGCGCUUCGCGGGCGGCCAGUAUGCCAUCAUCUGCUGCAAGGGUGACUUCUGUAACAACGGCACGUUUCCCGAGCUACCUGCGACGGUGUUCAGGAACGAGCUGGACCAGUACUCGGGCACCGCGCAGUACGUAGCGCGGCUGGCGGCGGCCAUCCUGGGGCCGGUGGUGGUGCUGGGCGUGAUCGGCGCGGUGAUGUUGCUGCUCAUGCGGCAGUCGCACCGCAAGCGCCUCAUGGCGGCGCGCGACUUCGACGACCCGGAGACGUACUACGCGCCAGACGACCUGCUGCGCGUCACGGCCGCCGGGGACAGCACGCUGCGGGAGUACAUGGACCACUCGCUGACCUCGGGCUCCGGCUCGGGACUGCCGCUGCUGAUCCAGCGCACGCUCGCCAAGCAGAUCAUGCUGGCGGAGUGCAUCGGCAAGGGGCGGUACGGCGAGGUGUGGCGCGGCGUGUGGCACGGGGAGAACGUGGCCGUCAAGAUCUUCUUCAGCCGCGACGAGGCCUCCUGGAGCCGGGAGACGGAGAUAUACAGCACGGUGCUGCUGCGCCACGAGAACAUCCUGGGCUACGUGGGCUCGGACAUGACGUCGCGCAACUCGUGCACGCAGCUGUGGCUGGUCACGCACCACCACCCGCUGGGCUCGCUCUACGACCACCUGAACCGCACCGCCCUCACGCACCACCAGGCCGUGAAGCUGUGCCUGUCCGCCGCCAACGGCCUCGUGCACCUGCACACAGAGAUAUUCGGCACCGAGGGAAAACCAGCCAUCGCCCACAGGGACAUCAAGAGCAAGAACAUCCUGGUGAAAAUAAAUGGGUCGUGCGUGAUCGCCGACUUUGGCCUGGCGGUGACCCACAACCAGUCGACGGGGGAGUUGGAUGUGGGCACCAACACGAGAGUGGGAACCAAGCGCUACAUGGCUCCUGAGGUUCUCGACGAAACGAUCAACUCCGAGUGCUUCGAGUCGUACCGCCGCGUGGACAUCUACUCGUUCGGCCUGGUGCUGUGGGAGGUCUGUCGCCGCACGCUGUCCAACGGCAUCGCGGAGGACUACAAGCCGCCGUACCACGACCUGGUGCCCAGCGACCCCGGCUUCGAGGACAUGAAGAAGGUCGUGUGUCUGGACCAGCAGCGGCCCAGCCUGCCCAACCGCUGGACGUCCGACCCCAUGCUCUGUGGGAUGGCCAAGCUGAUGAAGGAGUGCUGGCACAGCAACCCCAACGUGCGCCUCCCCGCGCUGCGCAUCAAGAAGACUCUCGUCAAGCUGGCGUCCUCCGACAUCAACGUGCACCUGGACCUGGACGUCUGAUGGCGUGGCGGCCGGCAGGCUCGCGGGACCCGGCGGUCCCCGCACCCGGAAGACGCCUGAAUUUAAGGCAAAAUGUGCCCCAAGGCGCAUGUGCAAGCAAGAUAUGAAGGUUGAGGUCAGAAAACACACAGUGCCAUAAACUGUUGAUUACAAACUGACAUUAAGUGUCAGCAAAUUGUUUUUCUUCCUAGGUAAGUUGUUAAACUUUUGUGGAAACACAGCAAAGAAAAAUGCAGGGAUUGUUUGCCUUUUUCACAAGGCAAUGUGCAGGAUGAACUUCACCGAAAGAAUUUUGGUUGAAAACUAACUAUGUAUAAAGUUUGAGUCUUUGUCUAAAGUGCAGUAGGUUUAUUUGUGAAGAAUUUUUAAGAGCUUUGAACGAAAACAUAUGUGUGAUUUGUGAAUGUUAUCUGCCGUUAACUGCUGCGAAUGAAAUCCUCAGUACAAAUGUGCCAUGCAGUCAACUAUGUAUUUAUCUUCUCCUGCAAGUUUUGCACGAUUUCUGCAGCAGCAAUGAUAACCAGGAGACUAAAUACGUGAGCUCUCGGGUUCUGCAGCCUCACUGACGCUGCAAGUGCGCCACAUGUUCCCGAGAUCCUGUCAGGCACCGUGUCGAGUAUGCCCUCGGCCGGAGGAGGGAAGAAAGCAAUGUUUGGAAGAAGGGGUUCAUGUGUCUGUGAACUUUGUGUUCGUUACUAGAGAAACUUUGGAGAGUGGAUUUUGUCAUUGCUGUGUGAGUGUUCACUAAGUUAGUGGAAUUUUUUGACGUGUCCAUGAUGGUGUGAAAUGGACACUUCAGUUUAGUAUGACUUUUAUGGUUUGAGGAUGUCAUGAUCGUUGUUUGUCUAGUAUGGUUGUAAAAAAACAUACGUAUUAGUGAAACACUCUUAAGAAGUAUUGGAAAUUACUGAAAACUGGUCUGUUAACCUGGAAAACCUGAAUGGGUUGAGUUAUUUGUAUUUUUUUUAGGUAAGCUGCAAAACCUUUCACACUUAAUUUAAUUAUUGCUAAGCCAGAAAUCUUUUUAUCAAGAAACUCUUAAAAAAAAUUUUUGUAUUAACACAACAUAUUUUUCUUGAUUGCUACCUAAGGAGAAAAUAAUGUUAAUAUCAGUUCAAUUGUAGGAUUUAGUUGUGUUGUAGCAUCCAGCAUUUUGCAUUUUCACUUGCAGAAAAACUGUCCAGACAUACUUAGCAUAGGUAGACCAUGCAUUGGAGUGAUCAGCGUUCUUACGCUGUUGAAUGUAAAUCUAAGUGGUGUGAAUUAGUAAAUACACAUAAGAUAAACUUAUACCUAAUUAAUAAUGACUGCCAGGUGUAGCAGGGCCUUACACUCGCUGUGAGGCUGGCGUGAACUACUUCUUCGUCCGUCUCCUGUGGUGGCUGGUCGUAGCGGCAGUCUCCGGAAAUGUCGAGAUAGCUGGUUCUCCAAAUGCAGCUCUUCCUAAGCUUGUACCUCCUUUCCCGCCUCGAAGGUCGGAGUGUAGCGUUCAUGUCGUGAGAGAACUUUAUCUAUCAUCCGACAGCUGACAGGACAAACGAUGGCUCCUGCCCUCAACAUUUUCACCUUAAUUAGUUAUCGGUUUGAAGCAGUGCAGGGCCAAUUAUAAUUGUGCCGUAGAAUGGUUACGCUGUUACGACUGGAAUCGACAGAUUCAGAGCGUGGUGGUUUCGGAAAGCCUUUUGGGCGAGUGGCUGCUUCCUCAUGUCCUGCUCUUUGUUCGAGCGUUUGGAGCGGGAGAAUUGCUUCUGGCAUCCAAAAUACAUUGAUCAGUUAACUAUUGAAUGUGCCGUCUGUGUUCAGAUCAUGUUUGAUGCCUGUGUCCGGUGUUCUCCCCAGAGCUGUGUGGUCCUUGAAGUAAUGGCGGCUACCAACUGUUUAACCCAUACCAGUGUUUCUCAAAGUGUGAACACUGUGGUAAUCCAGAGAAAUAUGUGUCCAGGUAUAAAAAAUAAAUAUAUACAUAGUUACUCUUUUAUGCCAUUUCAUUAUGUAUAUACUCUUAACAAGUCGUUAUUAUGUGUUAUUUGAACGACUCUACAAGUUUUCCUAGAACAGAAUGGUGCUGUAGUGUCUCUCUACCUUUUUGUAAACAAGUCUUAAUAAACUUAAAGGAUUUUUCAUUUUUUUUUAACACAUUCUUUUUUUCUGUAAUAUUUGACUUAAUUUUUAUAACAUAUUUGUCAGAAGUUUGUAUAUGAUGCACCUACAGUUAUUUUUAAUGCACCAGACUUCCAAACGUUUGAGAACAACUGAUCUAUACAGUAACGAGGUGACCUCACAUACAGAGAUUCGCAACUUAGCUUUAUGGAUUAUGGUGAAUGAUAGCAGCCUGGUGCAUAGUAACAUGGUAACAUAUUGUAAUAAAGUGGAAUACCUUUGAAGUGUUGUCAGAUAAGUAAACCUUCAGCUAAUUGGUGAUACUGUUUCUUUUACUCUUGUACAAUGUGAAAUUAUUCUUUUUCUAGCCCCGAUACAGACAUAAGUGCUCCCAAAAAAUGUCAUUUUACAAAUUAUUUAACUUCCUGUCCCAUUUUUGGUAAUUUUUAACAUUCCUAACUUAUCAAUAAAAACAAAAUUUCAUAACUUACAAAAUACAAUUUAGCAGUCUUUUCUCCUAUCGUAAGUAUAAACUAAACCAAAUAAUAAUUUGAACAUGAUUAUCUAUACAAAAGUCUAAUUAAAUAAAUAAAAUUAAUCAAAUAAAAUCUGUACCUAUACAACAAUUUUACUUGAAAAUAUGAUUGUGUUUAAAUAUUUGUAACAUUUACCAAACACAAAUAGAAUCAUUGUAAAUAUUUGCACUUGAAAAAAGAAUAGACGCUGCAACAUUCUUAUAUGUGCUCUAUAUACAUACUUGACUUUUCAAGUUAAAGGAUGUUAGUGUGGAAGUCUGGAAUGGACACAGAAAAAUAAGGGAUGCAAAAAUUUCUGCAAUUACUUUUUUUUUUUAAAUUAUUACAUUCUUUCAACUACUGCUGUGUGUGGAUGAUCAACUGAAUAUUCAGCCGGGCUGGUUACUGGCUAGCAGCUUCUGGGGAGACCACCGUGUGUCCAUUUGUCCUGUUAGGUACUUACUUGUGUGACAAGUAUUUGAGAUUCUUUGUUAAUUCUUGCCUCAGCAUUUACAUAUUAGUGUGUGUUUUGUUAAGUGGUGUUACUAAACAAAAAUACUUGUUUCAAGAGUUUGUGUGCAAUUUAAAGUUGUGUGUUACUUUGGUUCAAAACCUAAAAGAGGUUCAUUUCUGCUUGUUAAAGAGAGAUUUUACAAUAUUUGUUCUAAAAUUAUAUUUAUAAAAAAAUACAUGUAUCUUAGACAUUUCAUGAAUAUGUUUUACUUGUCAUAAGUAAUUUUUUUUUUAAUAUUUUGUUAGUGGUGUCUGACACUUAAGUGUCAACACACAUUUUCAAUCAUUUCACUGACCAAGGGCAUGCAAAAAAAAAUAUUUUUUCCAUCAAAAUUUAAUUUAUUGUGCAUCCGAGGGCUCUUGUAGUUCACCUUGAGUGAAAACCAUGAGUGGGAUGUAAUGUUAAUACGUAGUUUGUACGAAGCAUGGCUCUAACUUAAACUGGUUUAAAGGGAGAAUAAAUUACAUGUUACAAGUAGGUCUGUUCCAUUUCCUCAUUUUUCACCCCGUGAACAGAAUACCUAUAGCGCUAUAGCUCCCAAACUGCUGCACCAGAACACAGAUUCUCUUGUCACAUGUACCAAUGUAAAAUGUUUAAACUUAAACAACUUUGUGGUGUGCACUUAAUUUUAUAUUUAUGUACAACAUUGCUAUCUUAAAGAAAAGUUGAGCAUCACAGAUAUGUUUUUUGUUUGCAUCUGAUUUCAUUUCUUAUUAUUUAGGGCACUCAGUUAUCCCAAGGCAACGAUUCAUUAACAUUUGAGAUUUGACUUAAUUCCUUUUGUUAAAAGAAAUUGAUGUGAUUUGGCAACAGCAAAAAGUCUGUGGCAAGAAACAGUGUUUGAGAAAAUACUUGUUCAUAGAGUAAAUAAAUGCAUAAAACAUAAGGAAGUAGCUUUUUUUUUUAACAUGAUUUUAUUUAGUUUGAAAACAAGAUAGUGUAACUACUGUUGAAGCAGCCUAGAGCAUAGUAUUAAUUUCCUUACUAACAGUAAUAUUGGAACAGACUUUACUUAUAAUAAUUUUUUUUGACUAGUAGUCUAGUAUACGAUUUACAAGUAAAAUCUAGGGAUGGGACGAAUCCACAUUUUGGUCGAAUCCGAAUCCUUGUUCGAAUCCUCAGUGUUUGUCAUCGAAUCUCGAAUCCCAGUCCCACACUAAACUUCACCACAUGUUAUUAAAAAAAAUCACACAUUUAUUUUAAAAAAUUACAUAGGCCUAUGUAUUAAAAAAAAAUCACAUGUGUAUUUAUAAAAUUAUAAAAUAAGUGCAUAGUGUAUGCACCUGAUAUAAAAUAGAGACAAAUAACCUCAAAAACCACACACGUAAGUUUGCAUCUGUCUAAUUCUCUGUUAAAUUAAUCCUUCCUAUGUUUUCAAUAAAAUACGUUUGUAUAACAGACACCAUUUAAAAAAAGUUACGUUUUUUUCUGCAAUGUUAUAUUAUUGAAAGUUGGAAAUGAUAGAGUAGUUAUGCUAAUUGACAAAAUGCAGCGUAGUUUAUCUUAUGUUUGUGCCAUUUCCGUUACCUUUAUAAUAUAGUUUAGGUAUACCUACAAUUUUCUAGAGCUGGACGAACCUCAUACAGAAAUAAUUGUUUUCAAUUAAAAUGAACCGAUGACCAGCAUUUUGGUCUUUAACUGAGUGGUGAGAAAGAUUCUCCAGCCAUAUGUAAAAUUAAAACAUUAUAUAGCUUAGCUUAUAUAUAUACCAACUUUUAAUUCGUGAAGAAGUUACAUCUAAAUUUCAAAAAGACUAUAUUCCUUUUUAAGUGUACACUAACCUUCAUUUAAAAAAAAUAUGAUAAAGAUGACGAACAUUCAGCAUAAGGCCACAUAACAUAUUUUUGUGGUAGACAUAACCUAACAUUUUUAAUAAGUAAAACUUUUUAAUAGGACAUAAAAAAAAGACGAAUGUGAAUUAAGUUACCUAUCUACAUAUGUUUGUGGUAGACAUAACCUAACAUUUUUAAUAAGUAAAACUUUUUAAUAGGACAUCAAAAAAAGGCGAAUGUGAAUUAAGUUACCUAUCUACAUUACAAAACCCGCUGUCUGCAGUUGCUGUUUUCUUAGAAGAAUGCUGCUCGUUAGAAGAAACUUUAGACGGUUUUUUUGGGGUGGUUCUGGGUCAUCCGGGUCGUCAUUAUCUUUUCUCCAUUUGGAAAACUUAAACGACGUUAGCCUGCUCAUCGCAAAUCACCUCAAGAACAAUAAUAUUGUAAACGUAACGUAAAAAGUGUGGUUAUAGAAAUUUGCGUCGGAAAAAAGAAAACACGAGAAAUAAUGAUGGCUGCCGCGACUACGCUAGUCAACUUAGUACCGUACUGUAACAUUUACUGGACCAGUACUUUUAAUACACAAGAUUAAAUUAAUAUUUUCAUUACCUGACUGUUAUAACCAAAAAAGGCCAAAGAAAAUAAAUACAUCCCAGUAAUUUAAAAUACGUAAUUUACGUAAUCAUUUCCUACCGCAUUUGUCUUGUGUUAACUUGAUCACGUUAGUUUUGCCGAAAUACGAGAGUUCUCGUACAUGCGCUUUAGUUUAACGUAUGGGGUACGCAAUGUUUGGUGAUUUUACAACACUUCUCGUAUACGCACUAUAGUUAAAGGUAUAAUAUACAAUACCUUUGGCAUUUGUACGAUAGUUUAUAUUACGUAGUACGACAAAUGCAUACAAAAUUCUCUAAAGUAAUCAAAAAACAAAGCGCGCCCAUAUGAAAAAAUGCUAUGCGAGUUAUGCGACGAUUAAUAAUUUUAUUUUUAUUUUGUCUGCGCUUGAAACUGUUGAGGCGACGAUUAUGCGAUAAAAGUCGGAAUAUUACAAGUAAUAGAAUUUUGUUGAGCUGUUUUGUGAAUGGUCUCAAAUGGGGGUUAGAAAAUUAGAAAAACGUAUUUUUUUUUAAACGAUCGUUCGGUUUUUCGAAUAUAUUUUAAGAGGUUUCGAACCGAACCGAACGCAAGGGUUCGGUUCGGUUCGAAAUUUUCAAACUUCGCCCAGCACUACAAUUAUCAAUUACUACCUAAAACUCUUAAAAACCCACCUCGAAUCCCACCUCGAAUCCCACCUCGGAUCCUACGAAUCCUCGAAUCCAUAGGAUUCGGUAUAUUCGACGAAUCCAAGAUUCGAAAAUCCCAUCCCUAGUAAAAUCACUUUUAGCACUUUUACAACCUUUGUUAUGAUUUUAUUGAAUUAAUCUUUGUAUGUAUGUGUGUAAUUCAUAACCUGUUUAAAUGAAAACCAGUUUUUAUUUUGGUCAAGUAUACUUUAUUGUGCCAUUUUGUUGUUAGUGUCUUUGCAUUUUCAUGGGAGAAAUGAGUGCGUAUUUAUGUGUUUGAAAAGUAGUUGAUGAUUAGUUGUUAAUACUUUAUAGUAAAGAUUUUUGAUAUUUAUGUAUAAUAUGUGUUAUAAAAUUAGGUAAUAUGUUAGUGCUGGCAUUCAUAGUAUCGUAGAUAAUCACAAAUGUAAGCAGAAUGAAUUUCUGUUUAAACAUUUAAAUGAAAUAAUGUGUACAUUGACUAUGUAAUGUGAACUUUCAAAAUGAGUUUUGGAAGUACUAAUGUGAAAUUAUGAGUAUUCUCUUAAAAUAAUUUGUAUCCUUGCAAAGGUAUAAGGUGUGUAUGUUUAAGUGUAUUUUAUUUGAUGAAAGUACACUAUAGUUUAGUGACUGUCAUUAACAAAAGAAAGCACAAAUUUAAAGUGCUUGUAUAUCUUGAAGGACAAAAUCAUUUAAUUUACAUUAAUAGACAUUCAAAAUUUCAGCUUGUUGCAGUUUGAAAAGUUUAGCUGUUGAAAAAUAUUUUUAUGGUGUUAAUGAAAAUAAGUCAAUACAGUUUUUAUUUACUCAUAAAGUACUGCAAGUAAAAUAUUAAAUAUGCAAUUUGGAUCUACGAUGAAUUGAAAUUGCCCUUUUUGCGCAGUAGAAAACAAACUAGGGAAAAUUUGGGUUUUAGCACACAAAAUUUCUUCAUUAAGACUGAAGGGUUAAUGGAUACUUUAUACAGUUUACCACGGUCAACUUAAAUUUUUUUUUGUAGAAAAUUCAUUAUCAUUUCGAUAGCUGCGAAAAGCCCGGCCGCUAUUGUUACAAUAUGCUAUUGCCCAUCCAUUCAUAAUGACCCUGUACCGUUUCCAAGUUAGUUAUCUGCACUACUAGUAAAUAGAGAAUGUGCACUUUUUUUCAUGUUUAUGCUGAGGUCUCGUAUUACUCUUAGUACUUAAUAAUAAUUGUAUACUCUGCCAUUCCUCGUGAUAUAUAAAUACGUAACUAAAUUUUUCAUGUUUCUUCAACAGAAACAUUACUACUAUAUUUCCAUAACACUACAUCAGUACUCACAGCUCACUAUUAAAUUAUUCACAGCACAAAGUGUGGAUUAUUUUCAGUUAAGUGUUUAGGAGAGAGUGUGUUAAUGCACUUGUCUCAGUAGCAGUUGUUAAACUUGUAAAUUGUGCCAAAUGAGUUAAUUUAUAAUGAAUGUAUACUAGCAGUCUAAAGCAUAUUGAAUUUUUUUGCACCCUUUCUUUACGAACUUAAUAUUAAUACAGGGUACACACUCAUAGCUGUGCAGUAUUCACUCACACUCUUACUGCCAUAGGUUUUAAACAGCAAGGUUUUCAUGAAAAUGACAUGGAUGGUACCAACUAAACUAGUCAAGCAAUGACAUGGUGAUUUUUCAUAUUUGAAAAGAAAAUUGUAGUUUUUGGUUAUGUAUUAUGUGACUGCAGAACACAAGUGAAUUAGUAUAAUAAUAUAAACAUUUUCAAUAUGUACUUUUAUCUUAAAAUUUGUGAAGUAAAUUAGUUAUGUUGCACAAUUAGAAGUUUUUUAACUCCAAUAUUGUUAGAAUCCUAUGAUUUUCUACCAAAUGGUAUUAAUAACUGCAUGUAUUGGAUGAAAUUGCUAAUGUUCACCAACAGUUAUUUUCUUUUUGCUUCGUUUCUUCAAACAAUUGUUUUCACAGGGUAGGUUACUGAAUAAAAUCUGUUUGCCCAAAAAAUGUGCCAUACAACAAAUUGUAGCAUUCGCAUAUGUCAACAUUAUUCCUUGCUAUGCCCUGUCAUACCAAAAAAAUUUGAUUCAUAAUUGGAAUGAAAAUUUACCCAUACAAAUGGUAAGCUAAAACAGCAAGGUUUACCUACUUGUUUUCACUGCCUAAACUUUUUUUCCCUCUACUCAUUCUUUCUUUUCCUGCCACUCUCUUUCCUCACAACACUUAAUCCUCCUUCUGUAGUUUAUUUACUUACUUCUGAAAGUAAUGUAUAAAAAAUGUUUGUUUUGUUUUUUACAUUAUCCUUCUCACAAGUAUUUUUAGUGGAAGAGAAGUACAUAAGCCACUAAAAAUGUGAAUGGAAUCCUAGUAUAUUAUUUUGUAAAGAUUUUGUUUUUCAUAAGUUAUGCAGAGCUGAUUUUUGGAAUUUAAAUUAUUAUUAUUUUGUCAAUAUUUGCUUUUGAAUUGAUGGUAUAACUUAUAUUGAAAAUUGCAUUUAUUUCACCAUUAUUUUAAGUUGUUAUGCAAAUUUUUGAUGGUAAACUAUUUUGGUGCCAGAUUAUUGUAAUGUAAAUAAUUGUUUAGUAACAUAUAGGUUUGCUACAUUAUUGGUGGAAUAAUUCAGGAAAAAUAUAAUUCUGAACUUGGUACAUUGUAUCAUUUCUCUGCAGAAACUACUUAUACCAUUUCAUAUUUUAGAUUAGUUCAGUGUUUGUUAUUCUUAUUGAGUUAAAUUCAGUUGUGUGUGUGUGUGUGUAGAAAUGGUAGAGUGUAAUAGAUUAAUUUUUAUUAAUUUUAAUAAUAAGCUUUUUAAGUGAAUUAAAUUAAUCUUCCUAAAAAUUAAGUAACAAGUUUAAAAUUCACAAUUUAAACUAUUUGAUACAAAUAUAUUCUUAAAUAUGCUGUCAAAUCAAGUGUAUCAUUGAUUUAAUUUUUCUAAUGUCUUGGUUUUAAUGUCAUGUUUGAGAGCCUGUAAUUUUUUUCAUUUCCUUUAUUAUCUUUCAAAGUAUUAAGAGCUUUAGAAUAUUUACUGUUUUUACUUGCCAAUGGAUGGCAAAUAUUAGUGGUUCAUGUGUUAGUUUUUGUGAAAAAUUGUUGAACAAUUUUCCACCUGUUAUAUUUUUAUGUGAUGUCCGUAAUCACACAUUGAAUGUGAUAAACAUAAUUUGUGUAAUCAAUCGUACUUCACUAUACUGUAUUGUUCUUUUUUUUUUUAUAUCAGUUCUCAUAUUUUACUAAAUGUGAUGUUAUUUUGUUUUCACAUUUUAUAAACUGCACUUAAUGUUUCAAGAACUGUAAUGUGUAUGUUUGGUCAUAUUGCCAUUUUUUUUCAUAAGUGUAAUGUAAUCUAUUAUACAGUGAGAAGUUCUGUAAGUUAAGUUAAUCUAUAAGCAAUCUGUUGAGCAUGCUUAGCAUCAGUAAUACAAAGUUGCAUAUACAUUCUUGAAUGUUUCUUGUGCCAGCUGUGUUUUAAAGCCUGCUACUGGAAGUCUGUCAAGUUUGUUUUCAUUGAGCAUAUACUGUCAUUUCAAGUAAACACCCUGUCAUCAGAAACCAGACUAUUUUGCAUGUUCGCGAGAUGCCAGUUAAGAAAUAAAUUUUGUGGAUAGCUCAAGGGAGCCACAUGUCUUUGGGAAACUUGCAAAAACACGUGCAGUAGUUAGGAAUGUUGUAACUGGCAGGAUUGUGCAAAUAUUCAGUAAAGCAGUCAAUAACAAGACAUUAAAAUUGUUAAUUUUCACUUUUAAUUAAAAAAAAACAAAAAAACUUUUGUUGAAAGUCAAUUAAACAAAAAUUUUAUGAACUAAACAAAUAUUUGUGUGUCUAACGAAUGUUUGAUUGGUUAAUAUGAAUUUAUUGUAUGACAUUUUUUUAUAAUUAAAAAAAGUGUAAUAUUAUAGCUAAUCUUGUAAUUUUUUUAAAUUUUAAGCAUGGUAAGCAUUAGUCCUGCAGGAUGACCUCAAAAAUGUAAGAUAUGUGCAAAAAUAGAAAGAAAUUGAAUGUAACAUAACCUCAAAUACAAGGUGACAUUGAAUAUAAAAUGACCUUGAAUAUAAGGUGACCUUCAACAUAAGAUGACCAUGAACAUUUUACAGUCUCUGUUAUAAGAUGAUGUGGAAUGUAAAACACACUUGGAUAUGGCUCAAUUUUCAGUUUUGCCAUAAAAUUCAAACUAAAAUUAUCUAUUAAAUAUAGAAUUGACAACUCGAAAUGACUUUGAAAUGAGCUAAAAAGUGGCCAGCCUCACAUUUUAAACUUUUAACUUCAGUAUUUUUAAAUUUAAUAAUUUUAAAUUUUGAUCCUAAAAAUUUGUAUUAUAAAUAAAAAAUGCUAUCAGCUUCGCAGUUUUGUAUAAUGUUGUAUAAAAGAUUUUCUACAAAUGUGUUUUCCAAGUAGAUAGUGAAUAUUCUAUAUUUGAAUCAAACUACAUUAGUCUAUAUAAUUUUUUUACCUUGUUACCCCUCUUCUUAUCAAAAAAUAACAGGAGUGAGGCACAAGAGGGUAAAAAUGGCAGAGAAUGUGUACAAAGUGCUUAGAGGUAACAAAAACUUGUUUAUUAAGAAUAUCACAACCCUUUACAAACAGACGUUAAUAAUAAAUAUCUGUGGAAUGUGAGUGAUAUGCCGUGUUAUGAAAAUCUUCGGACUCCUCAAUUCCAUGCAUCAGUAUUCUGCGGGCAAACAAUUAUUUAUCAGUUAGUAGAGAGCCUUAAAACACGUGUACACAUCAGUCUUAAAGAAGCAGUUGCAUGAUGCGUAGCUAAAUAUCUCUAUUCCAUGCAAAUGCACAAGGCACUGUUAUGAUGAUAUAACCUAUUCUGUCACGAUUACUGAACAUGAUUAAUCUCUUACUUGUAUUACUUGUUAGCAAAAUAUAACAAUUGCACAAGCCAAUAAAAAAAGAAGCAAUGGAUAACGAUGAGGCUAUUUGGCCCUCUAUUUACAUUCAAAAUAUCACAUGGGGCUAAAAUAAAUAUAAUAUAAACAUUUCUAAAUACACUCUAAAAUAUGUGUUAAACAUAUAUUAUUAGACAACAAUCUUUAUAAAAUAACUAUGAUAGCAGGGACCACUGCAUAGCUAAUUUCUAAAAAUUAAAAAUAACAAAAGUUACUGGUCCUCCAUAUCAAUUGACAAAUACAAUACGUUGCAGUUUAUUAUAAGCCAUUCAGCGGUAUUGUCCUACAAAGGAGCGUACAUAUUUGGUAGCGUACAUGAGUAUUCUGUAUGUAUUUAUAGAGAAUGACUGAUAUUAACCACCGCUGCAUGUGGUGACAUUCGGGAUGCAACUUGCCGUAGUCUUUUAUGGGUCAAAGUCUGGUGGAUGAUGUCGUGACGUACUGGGAUGUCACCGUAACGAGGACAGCUUUACUCAGCAAGUGAAGUCGACUUAUGCCCCUUUACUCUUGACCCUUGGACUUGCUGACUGGGCUGUGCAUUGUAACUCUGGGAGGGCAGAAGGCAAUGAUCAGACUCGCUGACUCGCUAGGACGGAUACUGCAACAAUCUUGUCCUAGUCUUAAAACAUGCAACUAGGACGCUACCAAUACAUAACCUUGGGCUGAAACUACGGCACUCUUGGCAACUCGUUAUAUACUGCUAAGUUUUCUGCAAGAGGUUGUGCAUCUCUUAACAAGGUAACAACACGUAAACUGUCAAUAUGGCCGUUAAGUCUUAAAUCGGAUACACUAUGCACGUGGCCACUCGCCUGCUCCAAACCACGCUGUCAGCACACGCCAACUGCUAUUAGUUUGUUACCUCGUUAGGCCAAAAUAUUUCUUUGUCCAAACGAACAUCAUUUAUCACUAGCCUCGUUGACUCGGAAAUUUGUCCACAUCCUUGUAGCAACACACAGGACGAGUACAAUGUUUUACGGCGAGAAUGAAAACAGAGACGGGGCUUACCAAUAACUGCAGGCGAGCUUCUUUGACGGUGUACACGGGUAGCGGUGUAAUCGAUCAGCAGGCUUCUCUCUCCUUUGCUUUUCGAACGGGGGUAUUUAUGCUAGGAAAUCGUUCAUCGAGAAGGUGGUAGACAUAUCUGAACUGUUCCCACGGGAAAUAACUCUAAGCUCAGUUUCCUGUCCAGAUUGCACCAUUCCGAUGCCAGUCAAAUAUAAUGAGUGGCUCUGAAACUAGCUUGCGCGGCAAGCCGAGCGGGUGGCAUCAUCUGGCUGCUAGGCACACACUCGUAGACAGUAACGUUAACACUGUUAAAGUAACGUAUUCCCAAAAAAAAAUUAAAAUUCAUAAUUCUGAAAGAAAAAAAUUAAUUUGAGGUUAACCUUAAAAAAAAAACCACGGUAUAGAAUAGUGUUGUUUUGCAUCGUGUUAUUAUGUACUUCCCUUGUAACUGGUCAGGCAAAAA